AUAAAAUGAGUCCUACAUUUUAUUUAUAUUUAACUUUAGUAUUUUUAUUGCUAUUUAAAGUAAAUCAAAUUUCCUCCUAUGGACGUAUGUAUACAGCAGAUAGCACAAAUAAAUAUUAUAUCGAAAAUGAUCAAAAGUACACCUGGAUUGAGGCCCUUGCCAAAUGCCGGAAAAUGAACAUGAGUCUUUUAACAAUUGACACAGUUACUAAAUCCAAUGAAAUAAAUCAACUGGUACAGCACAUAUUCAGCAAAAAAGUAACACUUUGGGUGGGCGGCUUUAGGAUGCGCCAUCCCACUCAUCAUUUCGUUUGGGUAGAAACCGGUAAACCAUUCACUUACACCUACUGGGAAGGCAAAAAUCCCGACUUUAAAGGUCAAAACGAAUACUGUAUAGAUAUUGGUUGGGGCAACAAAAUGGAAUGGAAUGAUGAUUCUUGUAAUUUUGAGACUGGUUUUGUGUGUGAGCCCAAUCAUCAACUUUUGGAAAAUGAAAGAUUGCAACAGCAAUUUCAUCAGGAAGUGGACAAGCAACAAAAGCUGCACACGCAAGUGCUAGAGACAGAAAAGCGUGAGAAAAUGUUGCUGCAAGAAUUGGAGAGUGUAAAGAAUGAUGUGAAGCAAAAGGAAGAGUUCUGGAACCAGAGGACUACGCUACAACUUGAAGAGAUGAAAAAUAAAAAAUAUGGUGACAUUAAUUUUCAUUUUCAUCAAGAUCGAUGCAAUUAAAUUGUAUAUCAUUAAAAUCUAAUACUAAUGAACAAUUUCUGCAGUCAACUAUUGAACAAUAACACUUUUAAUGCGCUCUGAGGUUCAAAAUUCAAAUCUAG